AUGACAGCCAUGCGAUUUUUCGCAAUUUUUCUAGCAUUUUCCCCAAUUCUCGGCGUUUUCGCAGCUUUUGAGGAUCCCGAAUUUUUCGAGAUCAAAAUCGAUAGAGAGCAUCCGGAGGCGGUUUAUAAGGCGUUUAAAGAAUUUAAAAUUAAAUACAAUCGAAAGUAUAAGGAUGCAUCGGAGACGCAGAUGAGAUUCAAUCAGUUUGUGAAGAGCUAUAAUAAAGUGAAUGACCUCAACGCCAAAGCUAAGGAAAGCGGCUACGAUACCAAGUUCGGAAUCAACAAGUUCGCUGAUCUGACGGAGGGCGAAUUCAGUGGACGUCUGUCCCACGUCGUCCCCAACAACACAGGAGUUCCAGUGCUCGACUUGGAGAAGCCUUUUUUUCGGCAGGCCGUCGUCAACAAAACAAGACAUAAAAGACGAUCAACAAAAUAUCCAGAUUACUUCGACCUGAGAAAGACACUAGUCAAUGGGGAAUCCAUCAUUGGACCGAUUAAGGAUCAGGGAAAUUGCGCGUGUUGCUGGGGAUUCGCUAUCGCUGGAUUGGUGGAGUCUGUGAACGCAUUGCAUUCGAAUCGGUUCAGGUCUCUUUCCGACCAGGAGCUCUGUGAUUGUGGAACAAAUGGAACACCUGGAUGCAAAGGUGGAAGUUUACAAAACGGAGUGGAUUAUGUGAACCGCUACGGACUUUCUGCUGAUGACGAUUAUCCGUACGAUGAUACACGAGCAUUUACUUCCAAGAGGUGCAGAGUGAGAGAAACCAGAAGAGUUGUGAAGGAGAGAACCUUCACAUAUGCAGCAGUCAACGCGAGAAAAGCUGAGCAACAAAUAAUGGAAGUUUUAACCAAGUGGAAUGUUCCAGUGGCAGUUUAUUUCAAAGUUGGCGACAGAUUCAAAUCAUACGAGCAAGGAGUAAUCGUAGAAGACGAUUGUCGUGGGGCCAAGGAUUGGCACGCUGGCCUUAUCGUUGGAUACGAUUCGAUUUCUAACAGUCGUGGAAGAGAAUAUCCAUAUUGGAUCGUCAAAAACUCUUGGGGAAACUGGGCCGAAGAAGAUGGGUACUUCCGUGUAAUUCGUGGAGAGAAUUGGUGCUCCAUUGAGAGCAAUGGAUAUGCUGGUGAUAUGAAAUCACAUGAUGAUUAUUAUUAUUAUUCAUGA